AUGAAGCAAAGGUUGUUACUUUUGAAUAAUGUUGUUAUGGAUUUAGGCUAUGCUACAAGCCUUCUUCGUCAUUCAACAACUUGUUGGACUCUUCUUUCAAAUCACCAUCAUCAUCACCCAAUUGCAAGACAUUAUUCAAAUUCGAAACUAAAUCAUACUAAUACAUCAAACCAUACAUUGUAUCAUCCCAUAUCGGAAGGCUUUUUUGAAUGGAGCAAACGAUUGGACAAUAUCUCAUCAUUGGCCGCAACAUGUAAAGAACAGACUCUUCAUCAUGAAGAAAAAACAAGAAUACCUUCUUCUUCCGAUUCUCUACAAUUAAUACUCCUCGCCAACGCCUCCUAUUCUCAAAGUUUGGCACUUCAAACCUACUUAUUUGAUUUCAUAAAAAGCCAAAAAUCCAACUCCCGUCGUUCUCAAUAUUUAAUAGCUACGGAACAUGUUGAAUCUUGUUUCACGAUUGGAAAACUUCGUUUUGAUGAAACCUUCUCACAACGACAUUUUAUUAAGAAUGAUCGAGAGUUGAAGAUUUACAAAAUUGGACGAGGAGGUGGAAUUACGUUUCAUGGACCAGGUCAAUUGGUCUUGUAUCCAAUUUUUGAUUUGGAAACGAGUCGUGUCUUGAUGAGAAAUAUCAAGUGGUUUUCUGAUGAAUUCAUGUUGAAAACAUUGACUGUUCCAGUAUUACAGGAAUUUGUAAAUUCUAUGGUUGCCACAAAGGAAUCAUUCUCUAACAAGUGUGACCUUGAGAAGGGAGAUGGCUCACGAAUGCACUUGACCAAUCACUCGCCCAUUUCUCUUCAUGUUGGAGGAGAAUCAGAAAUGGGAAUUUAUUCUGAAAUUCAUUCAUUUAAGGAAAAUGUCAAGAUGAAGGAAUUCACACAACAGCUCAGUAGUUGUUGUGACCAACCACACGAGCAAAUCAAGUCGAAACGAAAAUUGGCCUCCAUUGGACUACAACUUUCGAGAUGGUGUACCAUGCAUGGAAUUGCCAUUAAUUUAGAUUUGAACGAACGUGAUUUGAAAACUUUUCGAGAGGAUAUUGUGGCUUGUGGAUUGCAACAUGUGACCAUGACAAGUCUAGCUCAAGAAAUUGAGAGAGUCAAACACGAACAGCAUCAUGACGUUGUUGCAAAAGACAUUCACGAAGGUAACAGUCACGCGUUCUCAUUUACAACAGGACAUUAUGGAGAGUUAUUGAGUCUGUUGCUAAAACAUUUACAACGGUGUCAAUUUCAAAUUGAUGAUAUUUUGCUGGUGGAUGGAUUACAAACCUCCAAAUCGCGCUGGCUUUUGAAACCAGAAUGUACUGACGACUCGGCAAAAGACAAGUUGCUACAGUUUAUUAAGGCCAAUUUGUCAACUGAUGAGGCUUAG